ACGGUCAGAUUUGAUUAGCCACUCCUCCGUUAGCACACGGAUGCUGCUGGCAAUGAGAGCUAACAGUUAGCUCGCGUUGUCGCUAUUUGGAAAAGAUGGCUGGAGACUUUCAAGCUUUUGCGCUGAAAAACGCCGAGCUGCUUUCCAGCCGUUUGAAGGAAGCCCUGUCUUCGGGACAAGGGUAUGUUCGGGCUCAGUUCGGUGUGGAUUUGGGUCUGAAACCCGAGCUGUACCCGACGUGGGUCAUCCUGUCUACGGCCGCGGUGGGACUGCUGCUGCUGCUCGGUCUGUCCUGGGCCGCCGUCUGCGGCGGACUGCUCGUCGGGAAAAAGCGGGGAUCCCCUGUCACACAACAAGGCAGAUGUGAGCCUGACAAGGCCGGUGUGGCUAAAACUACGAAACCAGAAGAACAGAAGAAGAGGAACAAAAAGAAAACGCUUGAAAAGAAGAAUCAAUCCAACGGACAGCCUGUGGCUGUAGCUCAGGAGGAAAUUAAAGUGACUGACGUUGUUUCCAAGUUAGCCCCACCUAUCAAAACUGAGAAGGUACGUGAGGUACAGGCCCCAGUGCAGGUGAAAAAGAACAAGAAGAAACCCAAGACAGACGUGAAACCCGUUCAACAUGUGUCUACAAACGAUGGGAAGGAACCUGACGAUGGUGCAUGGGAGACCAAAGUCAGCAACCGAGAGAAGAAGCAGCAGCGCAGGAAGGACAAGGGCUCUGAGGACUCUGGUAGCCCAGGAGGGGUGGAUGCUUCAAAGGCAAAUGUGGAGGCACGUGUAACCACAGCACCCACCAACACCAAGAAGAACAGAGGAAACCAUGAGUCUCUGCAUGCAAGAGCCACUGGAAAAGGGGAUGCAGCCAGUGGAGCUGUGACCUCCAGCUGGAGAGAGGAGCCUUCAGUCAACGGCGGAGGCUGGGCUGACAUUUCUGUGAAGAUCCCAGGACAGAUGGGUUCUGUGGAGGGACCCAAGUGGAGUGCCAUUUCCACAGCUUCACAUUACAGGGCCCCACCUAAACGUCAGUCCUGGGCACAGGAUACCCAAGCAGCAUGGACUGGCAUCGAUGGCCGGAUGAAGACUGAUCUCAACCCUGUGACUUUCUCAAUGCUUGGACGAAACACCACAGACCCAAUCUCAAAUUCAAUGGAGCUGCAGUGGGAGAACCAGCCUGCUAAUGAUGAAUGGUCUGGAUUCAAUGGGAUUGCAUCAGUGGACCCAAGCUCUGACUGGAAUGCCCCAUCAGAGCACUGGGGAAACUACGAAGAACCCCCCAUGUUGGUGACAGCAGCGCCUCCACCGAAGGAACAGCCUGCCCCUAACAAGGUGUCCGAGGAUGAGAAGGACACUGAGGAUCUGUCCGGCGGAGCAGCCAAAUCCAAGAAGAAGAGGAAAAAGAAGAAGAAGACAGAAGAGGAGGCUGCAUCCGAGGCUCAGGCGGCGACCACAGCACCCCAAGAGCUUCCUGUGCUGGGCUCCAAAAAGCAGAAUCCUAGCAUAUCCUCUGCUCAGAAGAAGACUGAGCAGACCGUGGAGCCUCCGAAGCCCUCCCAGAAGAAAAAGGUCAGAAGGGAGACAUGAAGUCACAUCACAGGUCUAUACAAAGCAUAUGCAAAUGAUUGUUAAACGUGUCACAUGCAAUAAUUACCAGGUACAGUUUCUUUCUGAGAUACAUCAACAGUUUAUCAGUUACCAAAACAAAAAGGGGGAAAAAAAGCAGUGGAUUUCACCUGCUUGGCUAAAUACAGUUAUGAAAUAUAGUCCUAUGGACUCAGAUCUUAAAACUAAUUUGCACUAUUUGCUACACUGCAACCAGAGUGGAGUUUCAGAGGAGUUAGGCUUGCAGUGGAGGUACAUGUUCAUGUCAUUAUUUUUUUAUGGCAUCAAAAGUGUUUCUCCCCCUCUCCAAGAGUGUAUGUUUAUAAUUGUUAACCCAAAAAUAUGUCUUGUGUGUGUGUUUAAAAAGUAACAAGCGGACACACGUGUUUUUGUCCCCCAGAAUCUUGCACUUUGUUUUGUUUACCUUGCUGCUGCUGAGGACUGCUCUCAGAUCAGGAUAGGUUCAGAUUUCUAUCAAGUCUGUCUUGGUACAAUGCUCAGAUGCUCAUUGAAAGAGUUAGUAUGUGCUAGAACCACCCUAAUAUCACUCGAUGACCAAAUAUUGGUCAAGUGAUACCCACACAGAGCGACCACAAUGUAAGAAAUGAGAAAAAAAAAUCCACAUUUCUCAUGUCGUGCACAGUCUUUAACCAAGUUAUUGUUAGCAAAACUUAUGACUGUUUUGUACAAAAACCCCUCAUUGGGCUCCUGGGAUCAGGUGUGAGUGAUUCGUCCUGGGAUAAAGGAACGCACUUGAUUUGGCUUAUUUUCACAUUGCUGAAGCUUCCUAUCAUAUUGAGCUGAACAUAAGACUGCAUUUUUCCACACUAAAAGUGCAUCUUGUACCCAAUUUCUUACAGUGCAGUCUCUCUGUUAAGGUAUCGCUGCAAAGAAGAAAUGUUUUCAGCAACCUGUAACUCUUUCAAUACACAAAAUGCAUGUUAGUGUUGUGUUAAGAUAGAUUGGCCUGUCCUUUUUAAUGUGAUAUUUCCCAAAAAAAUCUCUCAAGUAAUGAAGAAUGGCAGCUGUGUUCAGGUUGAAUUCAACGUCCGUUGCAGUAGUGUGUAUUCACAACGUCUCCCACAGAGAACUCCAUCUCUUACGGUCCACCCCUGUGACGGCGUGUUCCAAACAUUUUUACUGUCUGGUUAAUCUGGUUAAAUACACUGCUGUCUGAGCUUCAGAGCUGUGGGGAGAGGUGUAGCUCUGCACUGAAGCAGUGUAUUCAAUCUGUUUUGUUGAAACUACAGAAAACAAUGACUGAUGUAUUGAUUAUGGAUCAGAUAAUUGUUUCAAAGAGGACGCUAAACUUUAAAUCUGGACUUUGUAAACUGAUUCUGGAUCCACACUGGUAAUUUAUGUCGAGAACACCGAACUGGUAUGAACCACCAGGAGGCGCUGUAAUGUGAAGCAGAGGAGUGGUGGGAUUAUCCCAUAAAGCAGUAGCACUAUUAAGUGUUGUCCCUCUACUUUUAUCAUUCUGGUCAUGUCUGUCUUUAUCUAAAUAGACUGUGCGUUGAUUUUUUUUUUCUAGAGACUUGAUUGUCUAUUCUGCACUCUACGUGAUCUUUAAAAAACAUUUCUCUUCCGGUUCUUGUGCUAGAAAAAGCCACGCCAUAUGUACAGAUCGUAAGGGCUUUUCCAUUUCUGUGAUUGCACUGUGCAAAAAGGCUGUACUAAGUUCCUUCUGAUGUCGAUGAAUUGUUUUUCUACCUUUUUGCGGAAUGUGAAUUGUGUAACUUUUUUAGGUUUGUACCUGACUUCCAGGAUGUAUGAUGGGGGAGAUAAUUUGUUUUGUUUUGUUUUUGACAAAUUGAGAAUGAAGACAUACAUAAACAUAUGAUAUACGGAGCAGCUUUAAUUCCACAUCAAAGUUGGUUUUAAACAACACACACACACUUACACAUAUAUAUAAAAGGAAUUUAAUUCCAUUGCCUUAACCUGUAGUUGUAUAGAAAGUGCAUUGGCAUCCUUUUUCUAGUUUCCAGUUGCAAGUUUUGAUGUCAGAAAUUAAUUUCAUCUUGCAUGACUUUGAUAAUAGUACUUGUGUACAUGAAAUAAAAAGAAUGAUUUUAUUGCUUCAACUGUUAGUACUUGGUCCUGGAGUACCACUCAGUGUAUAUACUGUAAUGGCUUUUUUUAAUGAGACGAGUUUCAGAUUUUUUUUUUGUGAGCAUCCAGUUUAGCAGACAUUAACAUGAGUCUGUUGUUGGUAGGCAAAGAGCCUCAGUGCUUCAAGGUGUUGAUCAGCUGGUGUUGUUAGACCUGAUAGAACAAAAUAAUAUGUUGUCUGGUUUAAUUUUUACUGAUGAUUCAAAUUGAUUCAAUCAAUGUAUUUAUAUACUUGUCUCUAGAAAUUGGUUAUGUGAAUGAUUUUGUUUAAUAAGGAGAUACAAAUGAUGUUUCUAUGUCUGUUUGGUAUAAAUGAAAAAUAAAUGAGAACUGCUUGAUAUCA